UCACCACACCCGCCCACCAACGACCAGCACAACCCCACGACGAAGACCGAGCUCCACGCCAAAAAAAACCCCACCUCCACUCUCCCCAAGGAAUCGGCCACGACCACCGCCCCAGCCCAGUCAGCCGCCAAAGAGCCAGCUCAGCUCACGGCACCCAUAACCCUCUCCUCCAUCCCUUCCCCAUCAUCACCUUCGUGACACAAACCCCCCAAACCUUCACCUCGCACAAACGCACACACGCCCAAAAAUCCCCGUACAACACCGCCGCCAAAACACCCCCAAACCCUUCCACGAACCAGCCCGCCAUCCGUCCUCCCCUCCCCUUGUCCCCCGCGCCGCAAUGCUCACCCUUCCACGCAGCUUAACCCGGCUCGGCGCCCGCCCCCUCGCCCGCGCACCUACUGCCGUGCGACCCCCCCUCCGCGCCUUCAGCGCUGCGGCGCCCAGGCACAACAAUCACGGGGGCCUGUCGAAGGGGGGUUUUGCUGCUGCCACCUGCCGCAGCAGUCCCCUUUCUAGUCUCACAGCGGCAGCAGCUGCUGCUGGUCGCCCUUCCAUUUCCACCUCCCGUGUCGUUAUCACAGCUCCUCUUUCAACUUCAAGAUCCAGUUCCACAGCCACCGCAGCUAAAACCACAGCAAACCCCCAUGUCCUACCCGAGUUCUCCCUCGCAGGCAAGAUCGUCGUCGUCUCCGGCGCCGGCCGUGGCCUGGGCCUCGUGCAAGCCGAAGCCCUUCUCGAAGCCGGCGCGACCGUCUACGCCCUCGACCGGCUCUCUGAGCCCAGUCCUGAGUUCGCGCGCGUGCAGGAGAAAGCCCUCGCACUGGGGACGCGACUCGAGUACGCGCGCGUGGAUGUGAGGGAGGUGGAUGUGCUGAGGGGGGUUGUGGAUGGGAUUGCGGAGAGGGAGGGGGGGAUUGAUGGACUGAUUGCGGCGGCGGGGAUUCAGCAGGAGACGCCGGCUAUUGAGUAUAAGGCCGAGGAUGCGAAUCGUAUGUUCGAGAUUAAUGUAACGGGGGUAUUCAUGACGGCGCAAGCAGUGGCUAGGCACAUGAUUGCCUCAGGAAGAGGCGGAUCCAUUGUGUUAAUUGGGAGUAUGAGCGGGACCGUUGCUAACAGGGGCCUCAUCUGCCCCGCCUACAACGCCUCCAAAGCCGCCGUCCUUCAACUCGCCCGCAACCUCGCCUCGGAAUGGGGCACGCACCACAUCCGCGUCAACAGCCUGUCACCCGGCUACAUCGUCACGCAGAUGGUUACCGAGCUAUUCGAGCGCUUCCCCGAGCGGGAGACCGAUUGGCCCGCCCAGAAUAUGCUGGGCCGCUUGAGUAGCCCAGAGGAGUAUAGGGGCGCGGCGGUGUUUUUGCUUAGUGAUGCUAGUUCGUUUAUGACGGGGGCAGAUCUGAGGAUGGAUGGGGGCCAUGCUGCUUGGUAGGCUGCUGAUUCUAAGGGAUAGCUGCUGAGCCCGCAGGUGCCGGGGAUUGGGGGGGGACUGCCAAUGGAGGGAUGAAGGAGGAAAGCAAGUGGUGCAAGGCGUAGUUGGUGCAGGCUUUUGGAGGUUGGUUGGAAGUUAGCUUUUUGUCCUUCUUCUUCGUUGCGGCGCGGGGAUGCAUUGCUGGCUGAGCAGUUUUGGGGGGAUGCGAUUGGUGAAUGACAUGGAAAUGGCUCUUGCGUGCGCGACUGUUGGUUGGGGG